CCGAGCCCUCAAGAUAUAUGGGAAGUUGACAGCUGCUAUCGACGGUGUUAAAGCACUAGGCGAAGAACUUAAAAAAUUAGUUGAGAAACCAUUGAUCGAAAAAAUUCAAACUAAGCUUAACAACGAUGUGUCAAUGCCUGCCGAAAAAAUAAAGCAAGGACUUGCUUAUGUUAUCGACUCAGUUAAUAUGGAGCUCAGAAACAUUAGCGCUAUCCUAGAAGACAAGAAAGAUAAAAACGAUAAACACGACAAAAAGCUGGUCGGUGUGAAGAAUCAGAUUGAUGAAAAGACCAACGAACUAAACCAACAAGUGACCUCUACCCUGGAUGCACAAGUUAGAACAUUAAAAGAAGGCACGCUAGAGAAAGCCACUAAUCUCUGCCAAUCCACAAUCACCUCAAAAGUUACCAGCGAUAGUGCCACCGCCAAGAGAAGCAUUAAACAGGAGGCCCUGAGAAUGUUUGCGGACACCAAAGAGAAAGAGUUGGAGGCGCUCAAAGGAUUGGUCACUCAGAAAUAUACAGAAAUUGGUGAAAUUAUUCAGCAAGAUCUGGAAAGCGGAUUGAAGGGAAUGAUGGGCAAAAUGAAGGCGAAUGAUACCUAUCUCGACACGCUACAAAAACAAACGGAAAUACGAACAGCCACCACCCAAGUCAGAAUGUAUUUAGAAGAGUUGCUCCAAUACGUCGAAGAUCAAGUUAAAAUCUCAACGGCACAACAAACGAAGAAAGACACUGUUGCAUCCACCAAAAUUGCUAACGUGAAAACCAUGCUCGGCCUUUCGCUCGACGACCUCUCCUCCUCGAAUCACUUUGAUCAUACAUUCUCCCGUAAUCUCGCUGAUUUUACUAAUACACUUAGCGCACUGCAGCCAUCCACGUUCGCUGGUCAUAAUCAUCCGGAGUUGCCUGAUGCCAUGAAAGGUGGACUUCGCAAAUUGAUUGGUGAACUUGGGAGGGCGUACGUCAGUAGGUACGAGGGCUCGCCGGCAAUCGGUCAGUGGUUGAUAAAAGACCCUAAUAAGGAAAGCGCUCAAAAAGUGCAGGACUACGAUCAAAAUAUGAUUCUGACGACUGACGGAAGACACGGUGCGAAAGUGUUUUUGACUUGCGCGACGAUGCUUUUUAAUGAGUCGCAUCAUUUGUUCUACCACGGCGGUAAAGAGUGGCGUAAAAUUCGUGUACAAACGAAAACUGAUAAUGAUGUGAAUGACCUACAGAAAUAUUUACUAAAAUCCGGUUACCAAAUUCCGAGUCUCAUCAACGAAAACAACACCGGUCGAGAUGUCGCGGUGCGUUUAAGUAGAGUGUUCAGAAAUCAUGGUGAAUUCAAUAGAGAGCCUACCGACUUUAAAUCUUGGGAAGACUACAAAGAGUACUAUAGACACGGUAAAGGUAUUCUAUUGAAACUGUUCACCCACCUACACGAAUACUACGAAGUCUGCCACUACGGUACCAUGUUCGCCACCAAGCAACCGUCGAGCGUAUACGAAAUGCUGCUAUGGUUGUCCGGUUUUCCAUACAAUCCUGUCUACCAACCGUUGUCAUUUAACGGAUUCAGUGAGCUGUUUGAGAAGGAGGAGAACAACGCUGCUAACAGUGAGGGGGACGAAAUCUUGCUUGAAACCGACGACGCCGAUAGUCUGCCUGCCUACCCGGAGAACAUCACCGUUGGAGGAAUAUCAGGCAUACUGACGGAAGUAUGCCAUCAGGCUCACGACGUACUGACGACGAUACUUGGCCAUGGACAGGCGGACGGAAUAUACGCGGUGGACUUCAACACUAAUUCGCAAGGCUUCUCGUACCCCUCUCGCUACGGCCAAUGCAUCGAUAUGCUAGCAGACAUACUGCAUCGUCUUUACCAACAGCUCUACUUCGUAUACUGCCAAUGCUGCAACGACGAAAUCUGUUCCGGCUGGCGGGGUUGUUUGUAUGGCAAUGCAAUCGGUGGGUCAGACUGGAAGUGCAAUUCAAAGCAAUGCGCUGACCAAAAGUGUAACCAAAAGGUCAACCAAACGUGUGAGUUACACCCUAAGUGCGGUGUAAAGUCACCGUUACAGUCAUACUUAGAGGAUGGUUUACCUGGCUUCUUACCACAUUCAUUAAAGAAACCAGGUUGCAAAUUGGAAUGCACGGUGUCCAACCAUCGCGGCAUACCGUGUAAGACACCGAUGGGAUUUAAUGAAAUCAGCGUUAUGGCAUCGCAUACUAAAAACGGUGAACAUCUUAGGAAGGUGCUUGAUGCAUUUUGUGGAAAGCAGGAUAGUCCACUUACGAAACUUUGUGGUUACUUCAUGUGUCUUAUGCAGAAACCGCCGCAAUCGCUAGGUGAUGUAUACGCGUAUUAUUAUAGUUAUCUCGCGUAUUACACUGGCGGCUUUUAUGAAGUCACAAAGUCGCAUACGCAUACUCAAGCGGCAUUCAAAGAAGCCAUCAACGAAGCAUAUUUCGGCAAUCAGUAUGAAGCUCUUGAUCCCAGCACAUUGUGCAGUAGUAAAGUACACAAAAGCAGUCAUGCCAACGGUGAUCUGAUCAGCAUCACUGACUGUAAAACCGGCUCGAAUAAGCCGUGUGGUCUUUACGUUCAGCCACUGGCAUUAAACACCUACAGCUAUUAUUCCAACAAGCAUAAGACCAAUCACCUGUCUUGGAUCGUUUACAUCACGGAGACUUUUUACGACCUGUUGAAGAAACUGUAUGACGACUGCUGUGGAACCUGCAAGAAGCCUGGUAGCAGGUGCUAUGAAAAAUGCUGUACUGAAGGAUGCGAAGUAAAAAAGGCAUAUGAAGCAAUAGAGUCAAAGAGUGAUAACACUGAUGCAAAGAAACUCGACGGCAAGAAUCACGACAAAAAUUGCAAGUCAAUAGUACAGUGCCGCAACACACAUCCUAAUCUGUUUAAAUACGGUUUCACAUUCGGCAAUCCAUUGGGUCUCAGUGGCAUCGCAAAUAAUAUAGCUACGCAGAGGACGUGCAAAGAUUUCUGUGAAGCGUUGAAAUUGAUGCUUGGUGAGAAAUCUCUGCUUAUUGAAUUACGCAAGCAAAUCGAUCAAUUCUUGUGGGAUAUUAGAACAAAUUUCUCAAUCACCGUAUUAGCCCUCUGGUGCCUCUCGUUCCUCUACCUCAUCCACAUAAUGGUCAUCCGCCUAGACCUGCUCCACAUCAAAUCGCAUUUACAUAGUCCCUCGAGUCAUAGGAUUGCUGCUCAAUCACUACUCGCCGCCGCGCGUGUUAACAAGCUUAACAGAGUGUUUUACCUGCAACCAUAA